CAGCGACUUAAACUUCCGCUUCCGGUAGGCUUUUAAGGGGCAAGAUGGCUGCCUUCACUAGUAAGUGCUUGUCAAGGAGAAUGUAACAAUGUUACUGUGUGUUUCUCUUUAUUAACAUCCUUUAUAGAUAAUUAAUUGGGAAGGUGUAUAGACCCCCAAAGCCAUGCUUAUGUCGUGCUAUUUAUCCAGGAUCAGUCCAGUAUCUUGGGAUGUCAGAUACCUUGUGUGUGUGUGUGCAGUCUUUGUUUAAUGGGUCAGUGCUGGGAAGGGGUGAGAGGCAAAUACUGAGGUCAGGAAUCCUUUGUCACAUGACAUGAUUGUUCAGCUGCAACAUUCCACCCAUUACAGGAUUCAUUUGGAUAGGCAAUCACAAUAAUGAUAUUAUAGUUUGAUGUAGCACUGUUUCAUAGAAUAUGCAGGGUGCAGGGUUAGCUUUAGCCAUUACACAUAGAGACUAGUCACACACCAAAUGACUGGUUAACACUGUACUGGAAGACUCAGGCUCCAUAACUACUACAGCAGGCUGCUAUGAUUACAGUGCUUAGAAUGCCCCUUUAAGUAAAUGUAUUUUAUAUUUGCAUAAAAGUACCAUUAAAUACCUUUUUUUUGUUUGUUUUUUGUGGUGGUAGGAAAGGGGGGGAGGGGGUUUAAACAGAUACCUUUUAAUUAUGCAAUAUUCCCACUAGUGAUAGUGCCCCUUUAAAGAUUUAACAGAGUAUAUUUACGGAGACAUAUCCCUGCAGGUCCAAAAAAAAAACAAAACAAAUCCAAUUGACUCUUGUAAUUCCUACUGAUUUUAAAUGACAAAUGAAAUGUGUAGACACUGAUAUUUCAGGUAAUCCCAUUUUGGAGAACAAGCUUGAUUUAAAGUUUGUAAAGAAUAUUCCUAAAAUAAAUGACAUAUUGUGAAUGUAAGGAGGAGUGUAUGAACUAUUAAUCUGAAGUAUAAAUGUCACAAAAUGAAAAUAUAAUACACACAUAAUAGCUACAAGCAGAGGACACUGACACACAAAUGUACUUACACACAUUCUCUCAUACGCAGUCUCAAAUUAUUAUUGUUUAUAUAUAUAUUUAUAUAUAUAUUUUUAUUUAAGUCCACCCUGCCUCACUACCUUUAAGAGAGGUGGAAUGAGUCUUUUCACUGGUGUCCAGUGUGGGGCUUGUAUAAUCUUUGUGCUCUUCCAGCACUACUCUCUUGCGCACUGUUUAUCAUAAUCCCGCUCCCAGCAUCGCCGCAGGACGCGCAAGUGAGCAGUGCUGGAAGAUCACAGAUAUCAGCGCUCUCUUGCUACCAGCUUUUGGCGUAUUCCCAUGGGUUAUGUGUAGCACAGGUUGAAAAACACCACUCUAUGCAGUGCCCCAGUAAAGAGACCGGUUUUAGACUUUGUGUGUAAAAUGCGCUAAACUAUGUGGUCUCCCCUCCACCCAAUUUCUCACUGCUAAAUUACUGAAGAUGGACAGUAUGUGUAUGUGACCCCCAUUAUGAUUUUUUUUUUUCCUGCUUCUAUCACCGACUAAUUAGCAAGUUUUCCUUUUGAAUAUAUAUUCUAUUUGGUCCAACAGUUUAUAUUCUUAGGUUCCUGCUGUAAUAUAAAUUGUAAUAUUGAUGUAUUUUUCCAUUUCCAAAAUUCCUCAUAUUUAUAUUUCUUUGAAUAGUAUUUUAUAUUGAAUACAAUUUAAUUUUAAUAGGAGAGGGGUACACUAGUCUGAACACUCCCUGCUGUUUUAAAGGAAUACACUUGACACCAUAACCACUUUGAAAGAUCCUAUUGUUUGAGUGGUGUCCACUGCAGAGAUCCCGCUAGUACUAAACAGUCUAAUCACCUUUUAGCAGUGAUGCUUGGUCUUCGACAGGCUGCAACCCGCCCUUCAAUUAUCGUUAUGCUCCACUUCAUGCUAUACCAGGGGUUGCAGUCAGUAAUUUAAGAGAUUUGCUGGCAUGGCGGUAUUGUCACUGGAGGCGGAUUACAGGCUGCCAGGAAGAGAGCUUCACUGCCAAAAGUUGAGUAAAUAGUUUAGUGAGCCCCAGAGCUUGUGAGCACCAUAACCAUUUUAAUACAUUGAAGUGGUUAUGGUGCCUACAGUGUCAAUAUGACAAUAUAUUUUUAAGUAAAACUUGAAGAUAAUGUAAGUAAUUUAAAUAUUUUCAAUGGAUCAGGUUUGCUGUCAAACCUUUAUGUCAAAGGAAUGUCAAAGGAAUUGGGCAGGCUAUAGUUGAUGUGGUGCUUGAGCUAUUCCUCCAAUCAAUGUCUUACAGGAUGAAUAAAACAUUCUAAAAAACAAUUUAUAAUGCUAUUGUUUUCUCUUCCAAAAGAAUUUGGUGCAUUUCUAAAAAAUGCCUGGGCAAAAGAACCUGUCAUAACCGCUUCUGCAGCAAUUGGUCUUAUGGGUAAGCCCUUUCUUCCGUUACAUCAAUAAUAACAAAACAGAAGUCUUUGUUCACUGUGGUGAUGGGAACAAAACAUAUUGCAACAUUUUGGCUAAAAUAUCCAAACUGUGACUAUAUCUGAGCUGGAGAGUUUUUCAGAAUCCGCUAUUUUGGUAAAAUUUCCUAAUUUACUUUUCAUAUCCCUACAAAUAACUUAACUGUUUAGUGAUCACAUUCAAGACUUUCUUAUUGAUGCAUAGAAUAGGAAGAUAUGUUACUAUUUACUAACUCAAGUCCUGUAAACUGCUUUUAUUUGACAUGCCAAAUCUACAGUAGUUGUGCUUACUAGCUCAGUUAUUUGAACGAAACAGCGUUCUUAAAUACAUAGGAGUGCAAAAAAGUAAAUAUAUACUGUACUAAACUUGGGUUUUGUUGGAAAGUGAAGAAUAUCAAAAAGGUUGUUUCGUCAUCCAUUUUUAUGCAAGGCUUGCACAAAACCAGGUUAUAAAAAAUAAAAAAAGUUAGAAAGUACUUUAUCAAUAGUGAUAGUUUAGUUCAUGAACGUAGUAACAAUCAAUAGCUUCUGUAGAAAUCAUUUGCUUGCACCUCAUCUAUUGCACAUUUUUAUUAUUGUGCAUGCUUAUUUGUGCAGUGAAAUUAUCAAAUUGCAGUGACAACUAAUCACAGAACAGAUACUUGCAAAUUACAUUUCCAGUGCUUCUCAUACAUCAACAGUCUUGUCAAGCACUCUAUGGAAUUAUGGAUUGUUUAUCUAGAUCUGUACAUUAUAUUGAAUUGUGUGAUUUUUGAUUUAUUUUUUUUAAAAUUUGUUUUACAGCGGUUAUCAUUCCAGUAGUCAGCCCAUAUACGAGAUUAACUGGAGAGCUGAAUAAAGCGACGCCAUAUAAUUAUCCAGGUGAGAACAAUUAUAUAGUGUCAGAUGUGCUAACUUGGCACUUUCCGAGUGGCAGGAUAUGGGCCUAGCAUAGUAAAAUAUUUAUCUUUUUAUACUUUUAUUGUAAAGUUAGCAUAACCAACAUAACUGUUUAUUUCAAGUCUGCUCUGAUAUAGCGUAGGCUGUACACGCAGUUUAGAUCUGAUCUCUGUAACACAGAAUCUGUGCCUUUACCAUGAGAAAUCCAUUGAUAUUUGUCCAUGUAACACGGAUAUGAAUUGUAUAAAGUGGUUACUAUAUGACUGGGCACAGUGGUAUAAAAAUGGUUUCUCUGGCAUAUGAGGCAGUGAGCAUGCAGUUGUAAAGAUUUUUUUUUUUUUCCCGCCCUCCAGUUCCUGUUCGAGACGAUGGAAACAUACCUGAUGUCCCCAGCCAUCCUACUGAGAAGCUUGGACCCAACAUAGAUUGGUUUAAGAACAUGUGAAUACAAAGAUAACGCAACAUCUGCAGCACCGGUCCAAGAGAAAAUACAGACCAAAUAUCAUGUGUUACCUUGUUUAAAAGUAUUGUCUAAGAACCACUUUGGUCCUCAGAUGGAAUGUGCAAUGUCUAUGUGGACAUCUCUUGUAAAGACGUAUUAAAUUAUAUUCUUAAAAAUGAUGUAGCCGAACCAAAAGUCAUUAUGUAAAGCAACUCUAAAUAUUCAAAGAUUUUAUUAGCUUGUGAAAAUAUACACCUGUACAGUAGGGCAUUAGUUGAUGCUAUUGUUGCUCAAUACUAUCAAUGCCAGCUCAGUUUUUAUAAUUAAAGUAGGUGUAACUUCAUUAAUACUCUUAAUAUAUGUUCACAAUAGUGAAUAAACAACAAGAAAUUCCAUGAAACUCAAAACAAUGUAUAACAAAAAAACACGUACACAAAACUUUUCAUUGAAUGACAGAGUACACAAUUGUCCUAUGCUAGCAAAAGUGGAUCUUUGCAUGCAGACUGAUUUAACAUUGACAUUCCUCUAUUACUACCAUCCUGAUUAUUGGAGGUAUUGUAAUUUACCACAGGGCAUAAUCUCUUAAUCUGCUCCAGAAAAGAUGGGCGCUGCUUGUGCAUAAAUUUAAUCUAGGCAUUUUGUGACACAUUGAGACAUCCUCUCAUUAUAAAACCAAGUAGAUAUAUUUUUUUCAUUUCACCAGAGAGUUAAAGGGACAUUAGUCACCAAAACAGCUUUAGCUUAAUGAAGUAGUUCAGGUGUAUGGAUCGUGCCCCUGCAGUCUCACUGGUCAGUUCUCUGUCAUUUAGGAGUUAAAUCACUUUGUUUAUGCAGCCCUAGUCACACCUCACUGCAUGUUACUUACAUAACCUUCAUAAACACUUCCUGUAAGGAGUCAUGUAAUGUUUACACUUCCUUUACUGCAAUAUAUGGAGCUUUGCAGUAGACUUGCAUUUGAACCUAGUAAGCGUGCAUUUGUGUGUCACAUAUGCAUCAAGUCACUAAUUCUCUCAUGAAAGUGAAAUGGAGGCCAGGGAUUGGCUGGGAUAGUACUGUAAUUUCCAGUAUUAUGCCAAGUGAUCUGAAUGUUGAGCUUUGUCUCUGCUAAAAUCUGCAAAAUGAGGACAUUCACAGUAAUUCACUUUUUAAGACUCCAAACACCAUAACUACUGCACACUGUGUGCCCCUUUAAUAUCCUGUUCACCGAACAAUACUCAAAUUCAUAUUCAAUCUUUCCAACAUACAAAAUAUGAAUCGCCUAAUAUCUGGAGCGUCAGUCAAAGUCCGGGCAAGUUCCAGGGCUGGAAAACUUUGUGUAUUGGAGAAUCUUGUCACGUGGGCUGAGAGGUUGCCAGCUGAGUGGAAGCUCCUCAUCCCCCUCACACAGAUAGUCCUCUU